UAACUUUCAUCAAAUUGAGUGCACAUUUUCUUUUGCUUUAUGCUUCUUUCUGGUGUGACCCACAUUCUCAACUCACUGUUUCCCUUCCUAAAGAGAAGAAGAAGAAGCUGCCAUUAAUGCUCUGGCUCACCUCUCUGUCUUUAAUUUUCUCAUCACACUCUUCUCUUGCUUCCCCCCCAACUUCUUUCUCACCUCUAUGUGUUUAAUCCGACAACCAAACAUUCUCUCUUUAUUGAGCUCACUGUCUUCACUUAUAGGGUUUCUGUCUCCCCCUUUCUGCUAAUCUUAUCAUGGCUCAUUCAAAGGCCUUUCCUUUGCUCCUUCUUUCAUGUCUCUUGUUCUUACACAACACCCAUCAGCUCCAAAACUCUCAGACCCAGGUCCUGUACCAGCUCAGAAAACAUCUCGAGUUCCCCAAAGCUCUCGAAUCUUGGGGAACCUACUACGGAGACUUAUGUCAAAUCCCCUCAACUCCUCACAUGAGCAUCUCCUGCGAAGAAGAACAAGGUAGUAGCAACUCCGUCGUUGUCACGGAGCUCAAAGUCAUGGGAGACAAGCUUUCGAAACCAGCUGGAACGUUUUAUGGAUCUUCCCUCCAAAACCACACUCUCUCUAAAGCCUUCUUGAUUGAUUCUUUCGUCACGACCCUGACGAGGCUCACGACCUUGAAGGCUCUCACCUUAGUGUCUCUUGGUAUCUUCGGUGAGCUCCCAGCUGGGAAGAUCCACCGCUUGUACUCCCUCGAGUCCUUGGAUUUGAGUUCGAACUAUCUCUUCGGUUCCGUCCCUCCUGAUGUCACCAGAUUGGUUAGGCUUCAGAGUCUCACGCUCGAUGGGAACUACUUCAACGGCAGUGUUCCCGACGCGCUGGACUCUCUGACCGGUCUCACCGUUCUUAGUCUAAAGAACAACCGUUUCAGCGGAACGUUUCCUUCUUCGGUUUGUAGAAUCGUAAAGCUAACGAAUCUUGCUCUGUCCCACAACGAGGUCUCUGGCGAGUUGCCUGAUCUUAGUAUGUUAGAUCAUCUCCAUAUGCUUGACCUAAGAGAGAACCGGUUUGAUUCUGAACUACCUCUGCUGCCUAAGAGUUUGGUUACUGUUCUGCUGAGUAAGAACUCAUUCUCCGGUGAAGUUCCCGGAGGUUUUGAUGGUUUGUCUCAGCUUCAGCAUCUUGACUUGUCGUUUAAUCGUCUCACGGGAACUCCGUCUCGGUUCUUGUUCUCGUUGCCUAACGUUAGUUACUUGGACUUGGCGUCUAACGAGCUCAGCGGGAAGCUGCCGAGUGAUAUGACAUGCGGAGGGAAGCUCGGGUUCGUGGAUUUGUCUGAUAACAGAUUGACCGGGACUCCUCCAAGUUGCUUGGCAGGCGGCGGGUCUUCGGGUGAACGGGUUGUGAAACUCGGUGGGAACUGUUUAUCUAUUCAUGAUCAGCAUCAGGAACUCUUGUGUGAAGAAGAGGGUGGAACUAAAGGAAGAGAGCUGCGAGGAAGAAAGAUCGGAACGUUAGUUGCUGUUAUCAGUGGAGCUGUUCUGGUUCUUGUUUUGUUUGGGUUUGGACUAGUCAUGUUAUGCACAAAGCGCUCAUGUUGUGGUUCAAAAGAGAAGUCAGUGCAGCAAACUAGGCUUAAGGCUGUGACGGAUAAUACACACAACACUAGUCUCUCCUCUCAAGUUCUUGCUAGUGCCAGGCUAAUCUCUCAAACAACAAAGCUAAAUGCACAAGGUGUGCCUUCAUGCCGGUCAUUUUCUUUUGAAGAGUUAAAAGAAGCCACAGACGAUUUCAGUUCAUCACGUUUCUUAGGUGAAGGCUCCCUUGGAAAGCUAUACAGAGGAACGUUGGAAAAUGGAAGCUCCGUAGCUAUAAGAUGUCUUGUUUUAUCGAGAAAAUUCUCUAACCAAAGUAUCAGAGGUCACUUAGAUUGGAUGUCAAAACUCAACCAUCCUCACCUCCUUAGCUUCUUGGGACAUUGCACUCAAACCAGCGGAGAAUACUACGAACCUUCAGCCACCAUACUCUACCUUGUAUACGAGUAUAUGCCUAAAGGGACUUAUCGUGCACAUCUAUCAGAGUGUUGCUCGGACAAGAUCCUGACGUGGCCGGAUAGGUUAGCCAUUCUGAUUGAGAUAGCAAAGGCGGUUCAUUUUCUUCACACCGGUGUGAUCCCUGGCUCCUUCAACAAUCAGCUGAAGACGAACAAUAUUUUGCUUGACGAACACAAGAUUGCUAAGCUUAGUGACUAUGGAGUCUCUGCCAUCCUUGAAGAGAACGAAAAGCUCCUCGAGACAAAGUCAGAAGGACACAAUAAGACAAAGUACAACGUGGCUAAAAAAGAGGAUGACGUGUACAACUUUGGAUUCAUACUUCUAGAAUCUCUCGUAGGACCGUUGCCCAUUACAAAAGGAGAGGCCUUUCUUCUAAACGAAAUGACGUCAUUUGGGAGCCAAGACGGUAGACAGAAGAUAGUGAAUCCAACGGUGCUAACAACGAGCUCGCAGGAGUCUUUGGCUAUUGCCAUCUCAAUAGCCAACAAGUGCGUUUUGCUUGAACCUUCGGCGAGACCUUCUUUUGAAGAUGUUCUAUGGAACUUGCAGUAUGCAGCUCAAAUGCAGUCUGCUGCCGACGCUGAACGCAAAUCCGACACGUCGUCGUGAAUCCGGAGAGCUAGGUGAUUGAUUAGUGUUUAGUUUUUGAAGUCUACAAAAUGUAAAUUAUAGAAGUUUGGGUUUUCAAGGAAAAAGUAGUAAAAAAAUCAUAUUGAGUUUGUAGCUGGAGAACUUGACAAUCUUCAAGAACAACGUAACAGUGAGAUAGGAGAAAUGUCCAUUUCUGUACCAUAA